UCACAUUCAGAGUCACACAAAGCCAAAGAUAGUUAAUUGCAAAGCGCCAGUGUUGAGAGCAAAGUCAAAAUUGAAAAGAAAACCACUGAUUCUCAUGCACUCACACGCGUCCUCAUAAUAACCCACCAAACCGCUUUCAGUUUCUCCCCCACUGCACUCCUAUCUAUGGGCCAAUUUUCCAGGUUUCCACCAUGCCAUUACCACAAUAAAGACCAACAUAACCCCAUUACUCACUAAACCUUUAAACCCUCAUUACUGAAGAAGAAAGGAGUACUACCACUUCAUUUCGUUCAUCAUUUAUCAUUUUUCUUCUUAGUAUUAUUUGGCCUUUUCCGUUUUGGGCCUGAAAUGCGAUCUUAGGGACCAGUUUUGGUUUUACUCUGGUGGGUCUCCCAGCAUUUGUGAAAUUGAAAGGUAGCGAAAAGGAGAAGCAAAAAAUACAAAUAACCCUCCUUUGUUUCUGAUGCACCUCUGGUCCCUUGAUCAUGACUACUGAGACCCUCUUUGCAUGUCGUUUCUCAUCACCCUUUUGAUUCCAUUCUCUAAGACUGAGCAAGAGAGGGCGACAAAGCCGGGGAAAAAGUCACUUUUACAUAACAAUUUUCUCACUGGUUUAGGCAUGGAGAUUACAGAAGUAUAAACAAGUUAAGAGAGAGGGGUUUUGUUUUAUGGAAACUUGUGUUUUCUGACUCUUCACACAAAAGUGAAAUUAUUUGACUGCAGUUGUUUUGCACAUGUAUUGUACAAACCUCCACCAAUACUGCACAAGAGAAACAUAGAAUUGAUUUUUAUGUUGUCCUUGCAGAAUAAAAAUGAACCGUGGUGAUAAAGAGAUUCAUUUAGAGCAUUCCCUAUUGAUUGAUAAGCUCUGAUUCUGAUGGCAUUUUCUAGUUCCUCACCAUCUAUAUCCGAGAAAUACAAGAAACUCGUGUCAUCUUUCUUCAGUUCUCCAAAGCUAUUGGUCAAUUUCGCAUCCAAAGUGGUGUGUGAAACUGAGGCUAUGAUGAGUCCAACUUCAAUACUUGACACUAACAACAAGCCUUUCUCUGGUUUCAAAAACCCUUUUUGGUCAGAAACUAACAGCCCCAGAACUCCUGUUGGUGAACACAAACGUUGUUGGGACAAAUUGGAUUCAAAGGGCCUAGUUGAUGCUCUUGUUGAUGACAACAAGCCUGGUGAAAUGACAUCAAAAUCACAAAGCAGAAUGAUUUUAUUUGGAUCCCAGCUUAGGAUUCAGAAUCCUCCCAUGAUUCAUGCAACACUUUCUCCAUCUCAGUCACCUAAAUCUGCUUAUGAGUCUUCUAUUUCAGUCAAAUCUCCAAAAAUUUUGAAGGGGUGUCUCUCUGCUAGUGAAAUGGAGCUCUCAGAGGACUACACUCGCGUCAUUUCUCACGGGCCUAACCCUAGAACUACUCACAUAUUUGAUAACUGCAUUGUUGAGAGUGGCUGCUUUGAUGUUGGAUGCUCUUCUUCUCCUAUGGAAAAUGUUUUUCUUCCUCCUCACAUAAGUUACCCCUCUGAGAGCUUCAUGAGCUUCUGUUUUUACUGCAAGAAAAAUCUUAGCCAGGACAUGGACAUCUACAUGUACAGGGGUGAGAGGGCAUUUUGCAGCCGUGAAUGCCGUGACCAGGGAAUGCUGUUGGAGGAGGGGAUGAACAAAUUGGAAGGUGGAGACAUGUUUAUGGGACAUAAUUGAGUUCCUUUCACGAUGGCUAUCUUUAGUUUUAGCCCUCCACUGAUCUACCUUACUUUGCUUCAAAGAGCUUAUGAUAACUCUCUUCAUUUUUAUUAGUUGUCUAGGUUAAUUUUUGGGACAUAAAGUGGUCCUUGAAGAUCCUGGAUCACUGUACCUGAUUUUGUUCUUUCUGUUUCUUUUUCUGGGUGGUAGUUCUGUAGAAGGUGGAAAAGAUUGAAAAUGAAAGGCCGAAAUACUGUAGAGAAGAUUUUUAUGAAUUAGGAGCAUGCUACUCGGUUUUGCAUUGCUUUUAAUAUAGUCCACAUACAGUAAUAAUACAAUAAUUACCCACUUAGGUCCAAUAUCCCAUCAUGUCUAUUAGAUUUUUUGAGGAUAUGAUCUGCACAUAUAAUGUGUAGGAACAGUUUUGUGACUGAAUUUGAGGAAUGAUUCUGUGUCCAUUUCGAAAGGGAGAAUUGGAAGAGGCCAAUUUGCGGUUUACGAUGGCAAAAGAAGAAGAAACCAACGAUAAACGUCGUACCUUUAUUUGGUUGUUGGUAGUUUUUGUAGGGAAGAACAUCUUUGUCCUUAUUGCUGCUUACUAAUAAUAAACUUCACAACCA